GAUCUUAAUUAGUUGCAUCUUGGAUUGAUUUCCCACAAAAAGAAUAAACACAUAGGGAAAAUAAUCUGUCAUUUUUAAAAUUAUAAAUGAUUUUUCUUUAUUGUUCCGAUCCAAGACCCUUCUCCUUCUCCUCCUUCUUCUUCUGCAGAAUCUGCAGUUUCGUCUUCACGGUUUACAUCUUCUCGACUUUGUUUGACUUCGUCGAUACAAACAACAAGACGGGAUUUCUCGCUAAGAUCUUGAGAAGGAAGAUUGUUCAUUCUUGAAAGUCAUGGCUACACUAAGCGAUAUUGGAGUUGCAGCAGCCAUCAACAUUCUAACUGCAUUCGCUUUCUUCAUCGCCUUUGCGAUCCUCAGACUCCAACCUGUUAACGACAGAGUCUAUUUCCCUAAAUGGUAUCUCAAGGGUUUAAGGAGCAGCCCUAUUAAAACAGGUGGCUUGGCCAGCAAGUUUGUCAAUCUUGAUUUUCGUUCUUACAUUAGAUUCUUGAACUGGAUGCCACAAGCACUGAGAAUGCCAGAGCCUGAGCUCAUCGACCACGCAGGGUUGGACUCUGUCGUCUAUCUGAGGAUUUACUUACUAGGGUUGAAGAUCUUUUUCCCAAUAGCAUGUCUUGCUUUCACGGUAAUGGUGCCGGUUAACUGGACCAACACGACGUUGGAUAAGUUACAGAAUCUUACUUUCAGUGACAUUGAUAAACUCUCUAUAUCAAAUAUACCAAAUGGAUCAUCCAGGUUUUGGGUGCAUUUGUGUAUGGCUUACGUGAUUACCUUCUGGACCUGCUUUGUUUUAAAACGAGAGUACAAGAUUAUUGGUUCCAUGAGGCUACAGUUUCUUGCUUCUGAUCAAAGGAGACCUGACCAGUUUACAGUCUUGGUGAGGAACAUUCCUCCAGAUCCUGAUGAAUCAGUCAGUGAGCUUGUUGAGCAUUUUUUUAAAGUCAAUCAUCCAGACUACUACCUCACUUACCAGGCUGUCUACAACGCAAACAAGCUGUCUGAGUUGGUUCAGAAGAGGAAGAAAUGUCAGAACUGGCUUGAUUACUAUCAAAACAAACACUCUAGGAAUCCAUCUAAAAGGCCUAUGAUCAAGGUGGGUUUCCUUGGCUGUUGGGGUGAAGAGGUUGAUGCAAUCGACCGCUACACCGAAAAAAUAGAGGGCCUAACAAGAAAAAUAAGUGAAGAGAAGGAGAAGGUAACAAGCAGCACAAAGUCACUAGUCCCUGCAGCUUUUGUAUCUUUCAAAAGGCGUUGGGGUGCAGUUGUUUGCGCUCAAACACAACAGUCAAGAAACCCAACAGAGUGGCUUACAGAGUGGGCUCCAGAGCCACGAGACAUCUACUGGGACAAUCUUGCACUGCCUUAUGUCCACCUCACUAUCAGGAGACUAGUGAUAGCCGUUGCUUUCUUCUUCCUCACUUUCUUCUUCAUGAUCCCUAUAGCAUUCGUGCAGACACUCGCCAACAUUGAAGGCAUUGAGAAGGCUGUACCGUUCUUGAAACCUCUUAUUGAAAUGAAAGCUAUUAAGUCUUUUAUCCAAGGCUUUCUCCCCGGUAUAGCAUUGAAGAUCUUCCUCAUUGUCCUCCCUAGCAUACUCAUGUUCAUGUCGAAAUUCGAAGGCUUCAUAAGUAAAUCUUCACUAGAGAGAAGAUGUGCGAGCAGGUACUACAUGUUCCAGUUCAUAAACGUUUUCCUCUGCAGCAUUAUCGCCGGCACUGCACUUCAACAGCUUGACAGCUUCUUGAACCAGUCUGCCACCGAGAUCCCAAAGACCAUCGGUGUGUCGAUACCGAUGAAAGCCACUUUCUUUAUAACCUACGUUAUGGUUGACGGAUGGGCUGGUGUUGCUGGAGAGAUACUGAGGUUGAAGCCGUUGGUGAUCUAUCAUCUCAAGAACUUCUUUCUUGUGAAAACAGAGAAAGAUAGAGAAGAAGCAAUGGAUCCUGGAACUAUAGGGUUCAACACUGGUGAACCGCAGAUACAACUCUACUUCAUUCUUGGCCUUGUUUACGCUGCUGUUAGCCCUAUUCUCCUUCCUUUUAUCCUCGUCUUCUUUGCCUUAGCUUAUGUUGUUUACCGUCAUCAGAUUAUAAAUGUGUAUAACCAAGAGUAUGAGAGUGCUGGAGCGUUCUGGCCUGAUGUUCAUAGACGUGUAGUGCUUGCUUUGAUCGUAUCUCAGCUACUUUUAAUGGGAUUACUUAGCACGAAACAUGCUUCUCGUUCGACUCCGUUGCUUUUCAUACUUCCUGUGUUAACCAUAGGGUUCCACAGAUUCUGCAAAGGACGUUAUGAACCAGUCUUUGUCAGAUAUCCAUUACAGGAUGCUAUGGUUAAAGAUACCUUGGAACGCACGAAAGAACCGAAUUUAAACUUGAAAACGUUUCUUCAAAACGCGUAUGUACAUCCAGUGUUUAAGGCGGCGGAUAAUGUAAAGGAUGAGAUGGUUGUGGAGGAGGCGAGGCCUGAUCAGACGCCAGAUUUAGUGUCCACUAAACGUAGCUCAAAGAGACAUACUAGUGGCUCCUCUUUUGAAACUUAUUGACAAGUUUUUUGAUGAGAUUUUGUUGAAUGGUAUUUUUUUUAACGGAUGAUUUUUAUAGGUUUUUGGAAGAAGAUUUUUUCCAAAUUUUUUUACCAGAUCAUCAAUCUCUUUAAAAGUCAAUGUGUAGAUGAUUAAAGAGCAAUACAAAGCAUGUUUAUGGUUAAA